GAUUGAUUAAUUGAUUUUGAUUGUCUCUCUCUCUCUCUCUCUCUCUCUCGGAACAAGCCAAAAGCAAAGGAUAAAAGAGAGAUGGAGUCUAGCAGAGGUCAAGGUGGGAUCCAGCAGUUGCUUGCUGCUGAACAAGAAGCUCAACACAUCGUCAAUGCUGCAAGGACCGCAAAGAUGGGAAGGCUGAAGCAAGCAAAGGAAGAGGCUGAGAAGGAGAUAGGUGAAUACAAAGCUAAAACAGAGCAAGACUUCCAGAGGAAACUUGAGGAGACAAGUGGAGACUCGGGUGCGAAUGUGAAGAGGCUGGAGCAAGAGACUGAUGAGAAGAUCGAACAGCUCAAAAGCGAAGCAGCCAGGAUUUCCAACGAUGUUGUGGAGAUGCUCCUCAAACAUGUCACCACUGUCAAGAACUGAGAGAGAGAUUCCUGUAAUAAUAAUAAAAAAAUGUCAUUUAUGAAUAUUUAUGCUCCUCCUAUGUUUCUCUUUCUCUCAUUCACGCGUGUGGUGUUAGUGUUACUGGACGGGGAUCUCAGUGACUCUAAUCUCUCAUAUGAAAUGUGUUGCUUGUUUUUCUUUUUGUUGUAAUUUAUUCUCUACCAUCUUCUGUUGUUGUUGUUUGUUGUGGUUGUAUUCAUCAUUUCCCUUUUGAGGAUUGUAAUAAAAAAAACAUUGAAAUCUAAUAAGAUUUACAUAAAUACCAUUAUUAAUUAUUAGA